ACACCUCCCUCUCUCUUCUCCCAAUUUCAAUCUCUCACUUUCCCUAAUUCUCUUUACUCAAAAAAAAAAAAGCAAGUAAACAAUGACGACUCGAAUUGCUCCGGGAGUCGGAGCCAACUUGCUCGGCCAACACUCCGCCGAGCGAAACCAAGACGCCACUGCUUACGUCGGCAAUCUCGACCCUCAGAUCAGUGAAGAAUUGCUCUGGGAGCUCUUCGUUCAAGCCGGCCCGGUCGUAAAUGUGUAUGUUCCCAAGGAUAGAGUGACCAACCUGCAUCAAGGAUAUGGAUUUGUGGAGUUUCGAAGCGAAGAGGAUGCCGAUUAUGCAAUCAAGGUGCUCAAUAUGAUCAAGCUUUAUGGAAAACCAAUUCGUGUAAAUAAGGCUUCCCAAGAUAAAAAGAGCUUGGAUGUAGGGGCAAACCUUUUUGUUGGAAAUCUUGAUCCUGAUGUGGAUGAGAAACUUCUUUAUGAUACUUUCAGUGCAUUCGGAGUCAUAGUUACAAACCCAAAGAUAAUGAGAGACCCUGAAACUGGAAACUCCCGCGGAUUUGGUUUCAUUAGCUAUGAUUCUUUUGAGGCAUCUGAUGCAGCUAUUGAGGCAAUGAAUGGUCAAUAUUUGUGCAAUCGUCAAAUAACAGUGUCAUAUGCAUAUAAGAAAGACACUAAAGGGGAACGACAUGGUACUCCUGCAGAGAGAGUGUUGGCUGCUAGCAAUCCUACCUCAAAGAGCCGGCCUCACACACUGUUUGCUAGUGGGCCUCCAACACUUCCUAAUAGUGCUCAGGCUAACGGUGCCAUGGGCGCUCCAGUGCCUCCACGUCCGUUUGCAAAUGGUGUUGGUCCAGGUUUGGUUCCCCCACUUCGUCCACAGCCUCCUCAAGGUAUGGGUUUCCCGCCAAUGCAGAUGUCCGUACCACCAACUUGGCAGGGUCAGCCUCCACUACCGGGUCAGCCAAUGAUGCCUCCACCACAAAUGCAGCAGUUCAGACCUGCUCCACCAAACAUGCCACCACCCCCUCCACAGGCCGUUCCAGCUCCUCCACGAUCUCUUCCGCCUCCUAUGGCUAUGGGAAACCAACAACAGAUGUGGCGGCCACCACCUCCCCCUCAAAUAAGGCCUCCUAACAUGCAACACGCGUUGAUGCCGCCACCUCCCCCACUUAACAACCCACCCCUACCACCUCCAAUGAGUUGAAUGACCUGAAUUACUGCGGAUAACAAUGGUACGAGAUGCUUGUUGUUUCAUAUUUUUUGCCUCUUUUAUAGAUAUUUAAUGUCUAAACUAGUUAAACAUGCUGAAUGAUGACCCACUUGAUGCAGUUUCUUUGUCAAUCUCGACAAUGGGGGUUUCAAGAAUAUAAAUUCUAGUUAAAACUCCUAUUUGAAUUCAGA